AACUGAAUGGAAGUGGAGCGGUGCAAUGCAACUUCACCAACAGAAUUUGUCCUGCUGGGACUCCUGAACCACACCAAAGUCCACACCUUCCUCAUGGCCAUGAUUUUACUAGCCUUCAUUACUGCUGUGCUCGGGAAUGCUCUCCUCAUGUUUCUAAUCCAGGUGGAUUCCUCCCUUCACACCCCCAUGUACUUUUUCCUCAGCCACCUGGCCUUCAUGGACAUCUGUGAGACUCUCACCAUUGUCCCCAAAAUGUCAGCAGACUUUGUAACCCCAGGCAACACAAUUUCCUGGGCUGGCUGUGGGGCUCAGAAUUUCUUCACGCUGGCAACAGGUGGAGCAGAGUGCCUCCUUCUGGUCGUCAUGUCUUAUGACAGGUAUGUAGCAAUCUGCAACCCCUUGCAAUACCCCGUCCUCCUGAGCAGGAGAGUCUGCCUGGGCUUGGCCGCUGCGGUCUGGAUUGGGGCAUCUGUAGAUGCCUUGAUGCAUACAGUUUAUAUAAUGCAUCUGCCCUUCUGUGGCUCAAAAAACAUUAACCAUUUCUUAUGUGAGCACCCAGCCCUGAUGAAACUGGCCUGCUCUGACACGUCCACCUAUGAGAGUCUGGUAUUUGUGACUGGCAUUGUCCUGCUCCUCAUCCCUUGUUCCAUCGUAUUAGCCUCCUACACUCGCAUCCUCUCUACGGUCCUGAGGAUGAAGUCAACCAAAGGACAGCAGAAAGCUCUGGCCACCUGCUCCUCACACCUGACUGUGGUUUGCAUGUUUUAUGGGGCAGCUCUCUUCAUGUACAUGAGACCCAAUGCCUACCACACACCAGAGCAAGACAAAAUUGUGUGUCUGUUUUACACCGUUGUCACCCCAAUACUGAAUCCUCUCAUCUAUAGCCUGAGAAAUAGGGAUGUCUUAGGAGCCCUAAAAAAGCUGGUUGGAAAAUGUAGAGUCCUCCAUGAAAACUGA